AUGGAAGAAGGGGGUUCAAGUUCAAGUAGGAAGAGAGCAACUUUCAAUGACUAUGGUUUCAUGGACUUGAUUUUUUCUUGGUCUAUUGAAAAUAUUUUAGAUGAAGAAUUAUACAAGCAUAAGGUCGAAAAGAUUGGCCUAUCAUUUGAAUCCAUUAAUCAUUAUCUUGGUUCUUACAAAUACCCUUUAUUGGAAGAAACAAGGGCUCAAAUGUUCUCAAGCAUGGAACUCAUAUACCAAGCACCAUAUGCCAAAGUUGUUGGACUUAAACUAGCCAAACCAUAUGAUAACAGAAAUGGCCAUGAAAUGGACACACCAUUUAAAAACAAACUUUAUAGCUUGAAAAUUGAUAACUGGAAAAACAAGUUUAACAAUGGCAGAGACCCAUACAGAACAUUACCAGGAGAUGUUUUGGUUUUGGCUGAUUGUAAACCCGAAUCGGCAAAAGAUUUGCAAAGGUUUGGAAGAGUGUGGAGUUUUUUAGCAGUUGUGAAGACAACAGGAGAUGAGAAUGAGUGUGACAUUUGUUUUAAAGUUAAGGCAUCAAAAGAUCUUGACUUGGAUGAGUUAAGGGACAAAUCUAUGUAUAUUGUUUUCUUGACAAAUGUUGGCUCAUAUGGAAAAAUAUGGACUGGACUUCACAUGUCUGGAAAUCUGAAGCUAGUUAAACAAAUUUUAUGCACCAGUAAUGAUGAGGUGAAUGGAAGUUGUGAAUGCACCUCACUAGCUGAUGAUUUAUGGGAUGAUUCUUCAUACAAAAGAUUAUCAUCAGAGCUUAAUGAAUCUCAGAACAACACUAUUCGUGAUUGUCUUUCCGGUGUGCAUUGCACUCACAAACCAACUUUGAAGCUUGUUUGGGGUCCCCCUGGAACUGGAAAGACCAAAACUUUAGCAACAAUGCUUUUGUCUCUAUUGAAAAUGAAAUACAGAAUCCUUGUUUGUGCACCAACAAAUGUCGCGAUAAAGGAAGUGGCUUCGCGUGUAUCGAGCAUAGUAAGAGACUCACUUUGUAGCAACAUUGGUGACUUUUUCUGCUCUACAGGUGAUAUGCUGUUGUUUGGGAACAAUGAGAGACUAGAUGUUGGUGAAGAUAUUGAAGAUUUAUUUUUGGAUAAUCGCAUGCAGCUACUAAGAAAAUGUUUAUCGCGAUUUACUGGAUGGAGACAAUGUUUUAAAUCAAUGAUUGAUUUUCUUAAACAUUGUGGUUCUGAUUAUGACACAUUCGUUAAGAAGGUGAAGUUGAAGGAAUUAGGCACCAAAAGAAAGUCAUUUGUAGAGUUUGUGAGAGAAAUGUUUCUUUCUAGAGCAUUGCAAUUGAAAGAGUGCAUUUCUAUCUUAUGCAAUAAUUUACCAAUGUGUCUUAUUUUAAAACAUAACUAUAGGAACUUAAUGUGUUUAAAUGAAACACUUGAAUCAUUUCAAGAAAUGUUGUUUCAAGAGAAUUUGCCUAUUGAAGAAAUGAAGACACUUUUCUCUAAUAUGCAAAUGCAAGAGGAUUCUUCUUGGUCUUUUAAGAAUGGUGCUGCAGAAAAAGUGUUCAAGAAGAGAAAUGAAUGUUUAUCCGCUAUAGAAACUGCAAGAGAUUCACUCGAUAGACUCGAGUUGGAAAUGUUUACGAGCGAUGAAUCGGUUAGAGAUUUUUGUUUCAAAUCAUCGUCGAUAAUAUUUUGCACAACUUCUAGUUCCUUUAGGCUACACAAAGUUUCUAUGAAGCCAAUGAACCUUUUGGUGAUCGACGAAGCUGCGCAGCUUAAAGAAUGUGAAUCGAUAGUACCAUUACUACUGCCGGGAAUGAGCCACGCCAUUCUUGUUGGUGAUGAGUGUCAGCUUCCGGCUAUGGUCAGGAGUAAUGUUUCUAUUGAAGCUGGUUUUGGAAGAAGCUUAUUUGAGAGGUUGAGCUUAUUGGGGACCCAAAAAAACCUUCUUAACAUGCAACAUAGGAUGCAUCCUGAAAUAAGUUUAUUUCCAAAUUCACAUUUCUAUUGUAACAAAAUUCAUGAUGCGCCGAAUGUUGAAAGAAACUAUAGUAAGCGAUAUCUUCCGGGGCCAAUGUUUGGUCCUUAUUCUUUCAUAAAUGUUGUUGGAGGAAGAGAAGACUUUGAUGAUGAUGGUAGAAGUUAUAAGAAUAUGGCUGAAGUUGCUGUUGUCAUGAUAAUACUCAAGAAUUUGCAUAAAGCAUGGCUAGCAACAAAGGUGAAACUCUCCAUUGGCAUAGUUUCUCCCUAUACUGGUCAAGUUUUGAAAAUUCAAGAGAAACUAGCAAGGAUGGAUUAUAUAAGUCAUGAUGGAUUUAAUGUGAAUGUGAAAUCAAUUGAUGGUUUCCAAGGUGGAGAGCAAGAUAUUAUUAUAUUAUCAACUGUAAGAACCAAUCACAUGGCUUCUCUUCAGUUUAUAUCAUCUCCUCAAAGAACCAAUGUAGCACUUACAAGGGCUAGGCAUUGUUUAUGGAUUUUGGGAAAUGAAAGGGCUCUAACAAAGAAUGAAAAUGUAUGGAGAAGUUUGGUGGUUGAUUCAAAGAAUCGUGGUUUUUUCUUUCAUACUGAUCAAGAUAGUGAAAUGGCUAAGGCUGUUUUGGAUUCCAUGAAAGAAUUAGAUGCCUCUCUUGAUUUGCUUCAUACAAAUAGUGCUAUUUUCAGAAAUACUUUGUGGAAGGUACAUUUCAGUGGCAAAUUCUUAAGAUCAUUCAAAAGGGUGCGCACGACACAUAGCAAAUACUCGGUCAUAAAGGUGUUGGAACGACUUGCGAAUGGUUGGAGACCAAAAGAGCAAAGAGUUGAAUUCGCUUGUGAAAUUUCAUCGAAGAUUCUGAAACAAAUUAAGGUUGAACGUCGCUACGUUGUUUGUUCAAUAGAAAUAGUGAAGGAUUCAAGUUACUACAUGCAGGUUCUCAAGAUAUGGGACAUAGUUCCUUUAGAAGAUAUUGCGCAGUUGGCGAAGCGCCUCGAUAAGGAAUUCAGAAGAUACAGUGAUGAAUAUAUUGUUUACUCCAAAGAAAAAGGUUUUGAUGGGCAAGUAGAGUUUCCUUUGAGGUGGCCAGGAAGUGUAAAUAUCCAAAAAUUUAGGAGUGUUGAUACCAAUACAAAGGAGGGUGAUUUAGUUGCUUCUGAAGAUACAAGUAAUGCUGCUGAAAAAUCAAUGAUUGAGGAGAGUACUCUGUUAAUGAAAUUCUGCUCUAUUUCACAAGAUUGCAUGCUUACUGGUCAUGACGCUGGGCGUGACGCCAUUGAAGUGGAUCUUCUGUCUGAUUUAACAGACGAACAAUGCAAUAUUAUCGUCUUCCCUAGGAGUACAUUUGUACUCGGUCGAUCUGGUACCGGAAAAACCAAAGUUCUUACCACAAAGCUGAUAAGAAAUGAGAAGUUGCACCAUAGGGCUGUUGAAAUAGCUUAUGGUCCCAAUCACAAUGCUAAUGAGAUUUCUAUUGAGAUUAAGAGACCGGUUUUACGCCAGUUAUUUGUGACAUUGAGCCCUGGAUUGUGUGAAGAGAUCAAUCACCAUGUUUCUUGUUUUAAAAGGUCCAUAGGUGAGAAUGUUUCAAUAGAUGAAGAUGUUGAUGAUCCAUCAAUUUUUUCCUUUUCUAAUCUUCCAUCCUAUUCCUAUCCACUUGUGAUAACAUUUCACAAAUUUUUGGUGUUGCUUGAUUUUACAUUGGGUAACUCUUACAUUAAGAGAUUUUCUAAUCUCAAGAAUAAGAAGAAUGAGGUGAACUAUGAAAGGUUUGAUUCAUUAUAUUGGCCUCACCUUAACUCCAAAUUGAUUAAACAUUUGGAUUCUUACCUUGUGUUCACUGAAAUAAUGUCACAUAUCAAAGGUGGCACAAAAGCAAUUGAGUUUGGUAUGUUGAGCCGUCAAGACUAUUGUACUUUAUCCGAAAGCCGAGCGUCGACUAGUUUGAGCGUUAAAACAAGAGAAAUCAUAUAUGAUAUCUUUCAAAACUAUGAAAAAUUUAAGAUGAAAAGGAGAGAAUUCGAUACUGCUGAUCUUGUGAUUGAUCUACAUCAUAGAUUGAGGACUAAUGGAUACAAAGGUGAUGAAAUGAACUUUGUGUUUAUUGAUGAAGUGCAAAAUCUCACAAUGGCGCAAAUAGCUCUAUUUAAACACAUUUGUCGAAAUGUUGAAGAAGGUUUUGUUUUUUGUGCCGAUACAGCUCAAUCAUUUGGAAGGGGUUCUGAUUUUAGAUUCCAAGAUGUAAGGUCACUCUUCUACAACAAGUUUGUGUUGGAAUCUAAAAAUUUUAAUCUUGAUAAGAAAAAUGAGAAAGUGAAAGGUUAUGUUUCUGAAAUUUUCAUGUUGAGUAAGAACUUUAGUACUCAUGAUAAGGUGCUUAAAUUGUCACAGAGUGUCAUUGAACUUUUGUUUCAUUUUUUUCCUCAUUCUGUUGAUAUGUUGAAAGUGGAAUCAAGUUUGGUAGUUGGAGAACCUCCUAUUGUUUUGCAAUCUAGGAAUGGAGAAAAUCCAAUUCAAACAAUUUUUGGAGGAAGUGGAAGGUUUAAGGAUGAUCAAGUAAUUUUGGUAAGAGAUGAUUCUUCAAGGGAAGAAAUAAGGCACCUUGUUGGAAACAAGGCUCUUGUUGUGACCAUUUUAGAGAGCAACGGCCUUCAAUUUAAGGAUGUCUUGUUGUACAACUUUUUCGCCCAUUCUCGGGCGAAAAGGAGAUGGAGGAUAAUAUAUGAGUAUAUGAAGGAAAAUAAUAUGUUGGACUCAAGACCAUCAUGUAUUAGCCAUCAAAGUUUUGUUGAUUCAAAGUAUAAUGUUUUGUGCUCUGAACUCAAGCAAUUAUAUGUGGCUUUAACUCGUGCAAGGAAGAGAUUGUGGAUUUGUAACGAUGAUAUAGAAGAGUUUUCAAAGCCUAUGUAUUCUUAUUGGGAAAAGAAGAAUCUUGUACAAUUCAAGAUACUAGAUAGUUCUCUUGUUGAGACAAUAGAGGUUGAAGGAUGA